CACUCUCAGCUGCCGCCGCGGGGCAUGCUGGGAGUCGGAGCCCUGUCAGCGCUUUACGGCAGGACGUAAAAGAGAGAAGGCUUGUCCAGGUUCAACAAGAUCUACGAAUACGACUAUCAUCUGUUUGGCCAGGUAGCGAUUCCAACUUCUUUGAUAACUUUCCUGAUCCCGGGAAAACGCAAGAGGCGGAUGGAUUAUCUAAAGAACGAUCACCGAAGAAUUAUUGCCGAUUAAAAAGGAUUUGGCUGGUCAAAUGGGCCAAAUCGCUGUGAAAUACAGAUGUCAACUUUUCACUUGGAGCGCACAGAAAACAUGCUGUUUUCAUGAAUGUUACUAUGGUGAUGACAUCUGUUUCAGGCCAUUUGCUGAGUCAUGAGUUUAAGACGGCAUUUCGCAAAUGGCAUAGCUGCAACCCCCUGGUGCUCUUUGAUGCUGAGAUUGAGAAAUACUGCCCUGAAAACUACAUGGAUAUUAAGCGGACCCUAGAACGAGAAGUCAGGCAAUGCCAGGCUCUGAUGAUCUGGACUGAUUGUGAUCGAGAAGGAGAGAACAUUGGCUUUGAGAUCAUCCAGGUCUGCAAAGCUGUUAAGCCAAGCCUUCAGGUGUUCCGAGCCCGCUUUUCUGAGAUCACACCGCAUGCUGUUCGAGUUGCCUGUGAAAACCUCACCCAGCCUGAUCAGAACACUAGUGAUGCUGUCGAUGUCAGACAGGAGCUGGAUCUCAGAAUAGGUGCUGCCUUCACCAGAUUCCAGACCCUGAGGCUCUCCAGAAUCUUCCCUGAUGUUCUGGCAGAGCUUUUAAUUAGCUAUUGUAGCUGCCAGUUCCCAACUCUGGGAUUUGUGGUAGAAAGGUUUAAAGCCAUACAGGCUUUUGUUCCUGAAACCUUCUAUAAAAUAAAAGUGACUCACAAACGUGAGGAUGCCAUUGUGGACUUCAGCUGGAAGAGGAAUCGACUCUUUAACCACACAGCAUGCCUUGUCCUCUACCAGAUGUGUAUGGAGGAUCCAGUAGCCACUGUAGUCAUGAUUGGUAGCAAACCAAAAAGCAAGUGGAGGCCCCUGCCUCUGGACACAGUGGAACUGGAGAAGCUGGCAUCCCGCAAACUGAAAAUAAAUGCCAAAGAGACCAUGAGAGUGGCAGAAAAGCUCUAUACUCAAGGGUACAUAAGCUACCCCCGAACUGAGACCAACAUGUUCCCCAAAGAAUUAAGCCUGUCUGCACUGGUACAGCAGCAGACCCAAGAUCCACACUGGGGAGCUUUUGCACAAAGGAUUCUAGACCAGGGUGGGCCAACACCUAGGAAUGGUUCCAAAACCGAUCAGGCUCACCCCCCCAUUCACCCCACCAAAUACACCUGUAACCUGCAGGGGAACGAGCAGAGACUGUAUGAAUUCAUCGUACGUCAUUUCUUGGCUUGCUGCUCUCAAGAUGCCAAAGGACAGGAAACCACUGUAGAGAUUGAUAUUGCCAAUGAGCGGUUUAUUGCUCAAGGGCUAAUGAUCCUUGCCAGAAACUACCUGGAUGUGUACCCAUACGACAAGUGGAGUGACAAGGUCAUCCCAGUGUAUGAGAGAGGGACUCGUUUUCAACCUACCACGGUGGAGAUGGUGGAUGGGGAGACCAGCCCGCCCCAGCUCCUCACAGAAGCUGAUCUCAUUGCACUCAUGGACAAACAUGGCAUUGGGACUGACGCCACUCAUGCCGAGCACAUUGAGACCAUCAAGGCACGAAUGUAUGUGGGGCUCACUCCAGAGCAGAGGUUCCUUCCAGGCCAUCUGGGCAUGGGCCUGGUAGAAGGUAAGGACAGCACUUCUCACGAGGCAGGCAGGUCCUGGCUUCAUCACUUCUUCCCAUUCUCAGCUAGUUACUGUUCCUCAGGUUACGAUUCUAUGGGCUACGAGAUGUCAAAGCCUGACCUUCGAGCUGAGUUGGAGGCUGACCUGAAACUGAUCUGUGAGGGGAAGAAAGACAAGUCUGUAGUGCUGAGGCAGCAGAUACAGAAGUACAAGCAAGUUUUCAUUGAAGCAGUGGCCAAAGCCAACAAGCUGGACCAGGCUUUGUCUCAAUACUUUGGAACAGUCAGAGAAGUGGCUCAAGGAGAGGAGCUCUACCCCGAAACACCAGCUGCCAUCCGGAAAUGUCCCCGGUGCAACAAUGACAUGGUCCUGAAGACUAGGAAGAAUGGCGGGUUUUACCUUGGCUGCGUGGGAUAUCCUGCUUGCAAAACUGCUGUCUGGUUUCCUGACUUUGUGCUGGAAGUCAGCAAGGACGACAGCGUCUGUGCUGUGUGCGAGCCCCAUCCAGUUCACAGGCUGAAAUUUAAGCUCAGGCAAGGGAGUGCCCCUCCUCUCCUGCCCCUGGAAUUUGUUGGCUGCAUCGGAGGCUGCGACAAGUUGCUGAGAGACACCUUGGACCUGCAGUAUUUACAAAGAUUGCCCCAACCUGCAUCAGAAGCUGGCCAGGCAGACAACCACCUGCAAGCCAGCCACUCCCUUAACCGAAUGGCUAGUAAUGAGAAUGGCCACAGGAGGCCAGCCACGAACCCGCCAAUUGGAUUCCUAGGACCCAGGGGCACGAGGCCGCCCAGCACUGCUGCUCGCCUGGCUGUAGCUGCGGACGAGAACAAUGCAGUGAUGUGCAACUGCGGGCAGGCGGCAGUGCUGCUCACCGUGCGGAAGGACGGGCCCAACCAAGGCAGGCAGUUCUACAAGUGCAGUGCUAGCAGCUGCAACUUCUUCCUGUGGGCGGAUCAGCCGGCCGAGGACAGGAACAGUGCAGCACCUAGGAGCUUUGCAUCGCCAGCUUCCUUUGGUGAAAGGUCCCCUAUAGGCUUCCACAACCCGGAAGAAGGGAGAGGCCAGGGACACGACCCGAGCAGCAGUCGAGAUGCUGAAGGAGGGGGCAGCAGCGUUUGCAACUGCAACCAGCUGGCUAUCACACGCACAGUCCAGAAGGAUGGACCCAACAAAGGGCGGCAGUUCCACACUUGCCCAAAGCCCCGGGACCAGCAGUGUGGCUUCUUUCUGUGGGCAGACGAGAAUGUGGCCCCAGGGGCAUCUGCGGACGUUUCUUCAAACCAUUUUAGGGACCAGGGGUUCCCAAGAGGAGCAGGAAGCAAAGCUAAAAGGCCAGAUAAUUUCUCCUCGAAGGGGCCAACCGUGAAGAGACCACGGACUUGUGGGAUUUGCCACCAGCCUGGUCACACCAGGAAGACUUGUCCCCAGAACCACUGAGGGAAGCAGAACACCCUUACAGAAACAAACUGAAAACUCUGGAGUCCUGGGGUACGUCAGUAACGGGGAAAUGGAUUUUAAAAUCCAGUGUGCAGCAGAGAUUCCUCAGGUGCCUGCCUUCCUGGAAAUGCUGGCUAAGAAAUCUGCCUGUUGCUGAUGACAGAGCAUACUCCACGCACCACAAACUGCUGGAGGCUUCAUUUGGCUCCAGUUGAAAGGUGGACUCACUUCUGAAGGAGGCUCAGCUACUACUGCUAUUGCCUGAUUUCAGCUGCUGUCUCUUGGAUGAUUUAUGGGAGAGUUUGUCUUGGGCACUAUAUUUACAGACACAAGAUGAUGGGUCUGUUCCUAAUCAGCUUUGGACAAGAUGCUAUAGUGUUGGCUGCUCUCCGGAAGAGCAGAAAAGGACUCUGAGCAGCUAACUUAAGAGUUGACUGCCAUUGAACAGUAGCCAUUGUGUUUGGGGGGGAAGGAGAACAUCAAGGUUAGUAAAAGACUAAAAAUCUGUCUUUCAGGGUGAUGGAGUAGUCAGGUUGAUGGUGCCUACAGUGCCAGCUUCACAUAAUCCUCACCAUGGGAUGUCAUGCGUUCAAUUACCCUUCAGUGAUAAUAUCACACAAGAUGGGAAAAGGCUACACUGACUGGUCUACUCUACUGUUUCCAGCUCUGUUCCUUGCCUCUGAAGGGGAAGAGCUGCAAGUAAAGCCAGUCCUGGCUCUGUCUUCCAAAGGCAAAGCUCCAUGUAAAGCGCCUGGAAGUGAGCUGUGAUCCACUUCUACUCGAGCUGUCAGAGGAAGGAGAUGGAGCUGCUGGUUCACACAGUUCAUUCUGGUCAGGUCACCAUGCUUUUGAUUAAAAGGAGAAUUUAUUUUAA